AGGACGCUAAGCCUCGGCCAGCAACUCCAUACCAAGCAUUCUUCAUUCCGGCCGCUCAAGACAACCCCCCUGGGGAUCCCGCCGUGCGCGACACGCAGCAGGAAUCACCGGAUCGUGGUCCUUUAUAUUGUCGAACGACCUCAUCGAACGACCCAGCGACAAUUCGGCGACCCGGUUCCCCCGAACGAGCCGAGCUCCAAGCCCGCUCCGCGCCUCCUCGCGCAGUGAACCCUCCUCCGCCGGAGCAACCGGCAGCGCCCAGCGCCCAGCGCCCAGCACAACCAACAGCCCUUCCCAAUGACGGGCAGAUCUCGCCGGGGGGUCAAGUUCCCCCACAGCAGCAAACAUGUCAACGGCCAUGCCGACGGCCGCCGGCCCAGCUUCAGCGACAUAAGCGAAGAAGGGUCGUCGCCGAGCAAGGCGCGGGCCCUCGGGACGCUCGACAACAUCCAGGAGAAACCGCCGUCCGACGAGCAGCAGCAGCUGUCCGAGUACGAGAAGAAAAAGGCCAACUUCAUCACGCGCACCUUCUGGACCUUCGUCAUGAUCGGCGGCUUCUUUGCCGCGCUGCUGAUGGGCCACGUCUACGUGCUGGUCAUCAUCACGGCCGUCCAGAUCGUGUCGUUCAAGGAGGUCAUCGCCAUCGCCAACGUGCCGAGCCGCGCCCGCGACCUGCGGUCGACCAAGAGCCUGAACUGGUACUGGCUGGCCACCACCAUGUACUUCCUAUACGGCGAGAGCGUCGUCUACUACCUCAAGCACAUCGUGCUGGUCGACAAGGUGCUGCUGCCGCUGGCGACGCACCACCGCUUUAUCAGCUUCAUCCUCUACGUGUUUGGCUUCGUGUUCUUCGUCGGCUCGCUCAAGGCCGGCCACCUCAAGUUCCAGUUCUCGCAGUUCGCCUGGACGCACAUGGCCCUGUUCCUCAUCGUCGUGCAGGCGCACUUCAUCAUGAACAACGUGCUCGAGGGUCUGAUCUGGUUCUUCCUGCCGGCCGCGCUCGUCAUCACCAACGACAUCUUCGCCUACGUCUGCGGCAUCACCUUCGGCCGCACGCAGCUGAUCAAGCUGUCGCCUAAGAAGACGGUCGAGGGCUUCGUCGGCGCCUGGGUCAUGACGGUGCUCUUCGGCGUCGGCCUGACCAGCCUGCUGCUGCGGUCCAAGUACUUCAUCUGCCCGGCCACCGACCUGGGCGCCAACGUGUUCACCGGCCUCGAGUGCGACCCGAACCCGGUCUUCAUCCCGCGCGUCUACUCGACGCCGCCGCUCUUCUUCCUGCCGGCCGGCUACUCCCUCAGCGUGACCAUGGCGCCCAUGCAGAUCCACACCUUCUUCUGGGCCAGCUUCGCCUCGCUCAUCGCCCCCUUCGGCGGCUUCUUCGCCUCGGGCCUGAAGCGCACCUUCAAGAUCAAGGACUUUGGCGACUCGAUCCCCGGCCACGGCGGCAUGACGGACCGCAUGGACUGCCAGUUCAUCAUGGGCCUGUUCGCCUUUAUCUACUACCACACCUUCAUCGCCUUCAAGCGGUCCUCGGUCAGCCACGUCAUGGAGCUGGCCAUCAUGGAGUUGACGGCCGACGAGCAGCUCGAGGUCAUCAAGGGCGUGCUCAAGUACCUGACCAACCAGGGCGUCGUCGGGCCCGAGAUGCCCGCCUCGUUCGACAAGCUGCUCGCGGCGAACAGGCAGGGGUGAGUUGGACUUUGGAUACGGCAGGCAGAGUGGGCCCCAGCGGCCCAGAAACGGUGCAUUUCCCCCCGGCGUUCGGGUUGGAACAGGCGGGCUUUUUCGGAUUCCCCGAGAACCAUGUGUGUGCUAUGAGAAGCGCUUCUGGCACUGUUGGGCGUAGCUUGGAAUGCUGGGUAGCAACAUGUGUAUCAGU